AGGGAGACUAGAGUGACCGCUCAGCGUCCUGAUCCGGAUGAGUAUCAUGGGUCUGGAAUCAGAAACAGCGCAUUGUCGAAUGCGUCUCGUACUCCGCCAGUCGGCUUCUGCUCUACAGCCGGGCUGUGAACGCGCACACUCUUGCAGCAUCUGCCCGUUGUACGUCUGGUCCCAUUCCCAUUACGAAUUGAAAUUGGACUUGCACGCACAUUACAUUUUUUUGCCAGAGUUGCCUCCAUUGCGGAGUUGAGAGGCGCACACGCCAAGAAGGAUAGAAUUCCCAAGCAAAGUACGGGAUCCAGUACAGUAGUAAAAUUCGACGUGAGCUGCCUCCACCUUGCUGUAGUCGCAGGCUCUGUUCGCUGCUUCUUUCUGGGUGAGCUGACAAGGGUUUGCUUCGCUCGUGCAAUCACUUCGGCUUGCUCACCUAGCCGCGAGGUUGUUGAGCAAGAGGAGAGGUCGGGCGUGGAGUUGUGCUGUGCGGCAAAUGCCCCGCACGCGCACGUUCCUAGCGCGUACCUUCCAGCCGGCAUCUUUCGGGUUGCCGAGGUUCCGGGCAGUUAGCCACCUCUACACAGUUGCGCUGCUACUGCAUAUGCGUUGUGUGUAGAGGCCCCACAGACCAUACAGGUCCUUGAGUGCUGAUUCGUACAAGUAUUUAGUCCACACUAACAACCAUUCGCCUUUGCCAAAAGUGACUGCUGCUUCAUAA